AUGAAGCUUUUAGCGGCUCUUUCUGCCUGCGCCCUUGGCCAAUUCGCCGACGAUCCUUAUUUGGUCGAGGAAUUUAAUGAUUUGAACAACUGGAUCAUUGAUGUCGUGCCCAAUUCCCAUAACAAUGAGUACCAGUAUUACACCGAUCGAUCAAGAAACGUUCGAGUCGAAAACGGCCACCUCAUCCUUACCCCAUUGAGAGAGCAAUACGGUCACCGAGACUACACUUCUGGAAAAGUUCACUCCAAGUUUUACCAAAAAUACGGAAAGAUCGAAGUUCGAGCCAAAGUUCCUGGAGGCCGAGGGAUCUGGCCCGCAAUCUGGAUGAUGCCUCAAUUUGAUGUCUACGGUGGCUGGCCAGCAAGUGGAGAAAUCGAUAUUUGGGAAGGUCGAGGACAGAACCCGCAUGAUGUCGAGUCCACUAUCCAUUACGGUGCGAUCCCCUGCUGCGACAACCACCGAUACGAAGGAAGCGGUCCUCAGUACCAGCCAGAAGACAUCACUGAUUCCUACAACACCUACUCUCUGGAAUGGACACCAACCAACAUCCAAAUGAAGUUCAACGGUCGACUCGUCCACGCUGUCGACAUCGAUCGAAUCAUGCAAGCUCCAUUCUACAAGGAGCCAAGACAACCCUUCGAUCAAGAAUUCUACCUCAUCUUGAACGUCGCCGUCGGUGGCAACUUCCUCGAUGGCCCUGAUCCAUGGGACGAGUGGUAUUACCCACGAGCUGAGAUGUGGGUCGAUUCGGUCAAACUAUACGAGUACACUGGAGGCGAGAACCCUCUUCCUCAGGUCAAAUGCGUCGCCAACCCUGACUCCUCGGAGCAAGAACUUUGCGGCUCUGCCAAGUGGGCCUGCUACGAGCAGAACUACGCCCCAAACAUGCACCCCGCCUGCACUGCUGAGUGGCAAGACUGCUGCUACAACUACGGCAAAUGCUCCAAAGACAAGGUCGUCGAUCUCUGCACCGAGGUCUUUGAACAAUACGACUCCCAGCUCCGAGAUAACUACAGCUGCGACUUCAAUGGAAAUGCUUACAGAGUUUACUACUAA